AUGGCUUCUCAAUCUUCUCCAUCACUAUUUAUCACCGGCAUCAACGAUGGUUUCUCUUCAUUUCCUAAAAAAACAUCACAAGUUCGGAUCAUUAGACAUGCACGUCCCAACUUCUUCUUCAAGACAAGGUUAGUAUCUUGCAAAGCUCCAAUUGAUAUUGAUUUCAAUGGUGAUGAUGACGAUCAUCACCAAAACUCAACCGCUAAACAAGACAAACAUCAACCUUUUAUAAACAAAUUUAAUAGGAGGGAUGCUCUUAUUGGCUUGGGAGGUUUCUUUGGAGGAUCUAGUUUUGUCACUACUAAUAAUUUUGCAUCUGCUGCUCCUGUUUCAAGCAUAGACCUUACUAAAUGUGAUAUUCCACACUUGCCACCUGGUGCAAACCCUGUAAACUGUUGUCCUCCAAUCUCAACAAAAAUUUUAGAUUUCAAAUCUACUUUAUCAGACUCCCCUUUACGCGUUAGGCUUGCAGCAAAUUUGGUUGAUAAUGACUACAUCGUUAAGUAUCAAAAGGCAACUGAGCUUAUGAAGGCACUCCCUAAUGAUGAUCCUCGUAACUUCAUGCAACAAGCCAAUGUUCAUUGCGCAUAUUGUGAAGGAUCAUAUUAUCAAGUCGGGUUUCCUGAUCUUGAAUUUCAAAUUCAUCGUUCAUGGUUGUUUUUUCCUUGGCAUAGAUAUUAUCUUUACUUCUAUGAGAAGAUUUUGGGAAAAUUAAUUGGUGACCCAACUUUUGCAUUGCCAUUUUGGAACUGGGAUUCACCUUGUGGCAUGCAAAUUCCUGCCAUUUAUGUAAACCCUAAAUCUCCACUUUACAACAAUUUACGUAACACAAGUCACCAGCCACCAACAUUGGUUGAUCUUGAUUACAACUGUACUAAUAACUCAACAAUUUCCAAUCAAGAACAACUGUCGAGAAAUCUCAAAAUUAUGUACAGACAAAUGGUGUGGAAUGGAAAGACUGCUAGCCUUUUCUUUGGCAAAGCAUACCGAGCUGGUCAAGAACCAAACCCAGGAGGUGGCUCAAUAGAAUACACCCCUCAUUCAACUGUCCACUUAUGGUCCGGUGAUGACAAACAACCUAAUUUAGAAGACAUGGGGUCUUUCUAUUCAGCUGGUAGAGACCCGCUUUUCUUUGCUCACCAUGCUAAUGUAGAUCGAAUGUGGAAGAUAUGGAAAACAUUAGGAGGUAAACGCACUGAUCUCUCUGAUCCAGAUUGGCUUAAUGCGAACUUCCUUUUCUAUGAUGAGAAUGCUAAUCUUGUUCGUGUUAAGGUAGAAGAUUGUUUAAACAUUGAAAAAUUGGGUUACGUAUAUCAAGAUGUUGAAAUUCCUUGGCGGGAAUCUAAGCCAACAUCAAUAAGAUCAUAUAAGAAAAAGAAUGUCUCAGGUUCACUUAGUGCUACAGUUGCAGGUACGACAAAAAUAACAAUUAAUACAAUUAACCAAUCCUCAUUUCCGUUAGUUUUAGAGAAAGAAGUCACUCUUGAAGUUACCAGGCCAAGGAAAUCGAGAAGUAGAAAAGAGAAAGAAGAAGAGGAAGAGGUCUUGGUGAUUGAGAACAUUGAGUUUCAGAGAGAUGCAUCAUUAAAAUUUGAUGUGCAUAUCAACGAUGAAGGCAACAUGCAAAUUAACCCGGAACACACUGAGUUUGCUGGGAGCUUUGUGAAUGUUCCUCACAUAUAUAAACAUGGGACGAAGAUAAAGACUUGUUUAACAUUGGGGUUGUCAGAUUUGUUGGAGGAUUUGGGGAUUGAAGAUGAUGAUAGUAUACUAGUGACUUUGGUUCCAAGAGUUGGGGAGGGCUUUGCCAUAAUUGGUAAUGUGAAGAUUGAAUUUUUUAGAAAUUGA